UAUUAAUGAGUAUUUUAAAACAAAUAUCAGAAUCGAAUGAUUAGAACAAAGAUAUUCAUCCUAGCGGUCCUAGACUUAGUUUUGAUCAAGAAUAACUUCAAAAAUACUAGUUUUAAUAAGUAGACUCCAACACAUCAAUACAUCAAAAUAAAAUGACAAAUACCAUCCAUUGUGAAUCAAUCAUGAUAAACAAGGAUAUUACCAAAUAGGUAUUCAUAAUAACCUUCUCUUUUUAAUCAGUUAACUAGAAAAAGAAAGAGUGAAUUUAAAAUUGGUUUUAAUCGAACAAGUUUCUUAAGGACCAUUAAUAGAAAUUCCCUGGUUUAAAAGUUCAAAAAUGUUCUCCUAAUGCGAUCUUAUGUAUUAAGUAAAGAAAAUAAGUAUCUUCUACUUCAAGAUUGGUGGUAAAAACCUACCAAAAGUAAAAUGAAUCAUUAUUUAAGGAAAUCAAUAAACUCAUAGUCGCAUCCCAUUUAUAAUAUCUGGUAGUCGCAUUUCAAUUAUUUUAACUAUAUGGUCACUAUUUAUUCAAAUUCUCACUUUAUGGAUUACUCCUUUCAUGAUUUCAUUUUAAUUAGAAACUUCAAUUUUCAAAGUCUUCUUCCUUAUUAUUGUAUUCUAAGUCUUUUUUGAUAUUUUUAUCAAAAUUAAUAGUCCCUUGAUUGUCAAUGGAGAAACUAUAUUUGAUAAAACUGAAAGGAUUAAAGAUUUUCUUAAAAACAGAUUAUUUGAAGAUUCACUUUAUAUAACUACAUUAAUUGUCUCUUUUUUUUCAAUCUUUGAGAAUCAUCAAUUAAAAGGGGCUUUCUGUAUUAUUAUCAUAUUUAAAUCUUACAAAAAAUUGAAUCAGAAUUAUGAAAGCCUAUCUGAAAUUCUUUAUCUAAAAGGGCAAUAUCAUUAUGCGAUUGAUGUAAUGUCCCUUACAAUAUUGAUUUUUUCAUAUGCCCAUGUUAUGGCAUGCAUUUGGCAUUAUGUAGGUGAAAUUACUAUUGAUCAAGGUUAAUCGUGGUUAAUUCAAAGAAAUCUGCAAAAUUGUACAAUUUGGGAAAAGUACAAUUCAUCUUUUUAUUGGGCUACAAUGACUAUGUCAACUGUCGGUUAUGGAGACAUUACACCUACAAAUCAAUAUGAAACUUUGGCAGCAAAUUUAAUGAUGAUUCUAUCCAGUUGUAUGUUUGGUUAUUCUAUAAGUCAAAUUGGAAUGAUACUCAAGAGUUAAUAUGAAGUCUAAUAAAAAUAUAAGUAAAUUCUGUGUUUCUAUUUAUUAGACGUUCAAUUAUAAUUAUGAAUGCUUUUAUGAAAAAUAGUUAAGUUAAUUUAUAAAUUUAAAGUAGAAUUAGAAAUUAUCUCAAAUAUUAAUGCGAAACUGAAGCUAAUGAAAACAAAGAAGAUAUAAAUAAAAUCAUAGCUGAUCUACCUAUUGGAUUAAAACAGGAACUUGUUUAGGAUUUUUAAAUGAACAUUAUGAAAAAAAUUAAAAUCCUCAAUAAUCAGUUCUCUUAAUCAACUCUUAAAUAACUCUCAUAGUAUUUGAUAGAAUUCAAAUUUACCCCUGGUGAUGUUAUUUAUCAUAGAAAUGAUUAAAAUGAUCAAAGUCUUUACUAUAUACAAGAGGGCUUAGUGAAUAUUUAUGAAGAAAAUAGUUAGAAACUUUUACAAUCUUUAAAAGCUGGAGAAACAUUCGGUGAAUAUUAGUUUUUUACUGGAUUUUAAUCAUAAACAUCAGUUAGAAGUCAAGGUUUUGCCAAAAUAUUCAAAUUGAAUCGCUAAUCAAUUUUGCAAUUAUUAAAUUAGAAUUCUAAAGAUUUUUAAAGGUUUCAUCAUAUUAAAGAUAACAUCAUAUUUAAUAAGAAUUACUAAAUUGUCUAAAAAAAUUGUAAUUUUUGUAAAAUGACAGAUCAUAUAAACAUUGAUUGUCCACUUUUGUCUUAUAAGCCAGACAUUCUGUAAAGAAUUAAAAAGGCUGAGUUAAAGCCAACUAUAUAAUAGAGAAAUCGUUUUUUAAGAAAUAAUGAGAAAGUAAGAUGUUUAAUGUUGCAUUCAGCAAUUAAAGAUACUGUUGAAGAAUAUAAAGCAAAUCUAUCAAGUACUUAAAUAGAAGAUGUAGAUAUGAAAUUCUUUUCUACAUAUGCCACUAAAGAUUUGAGUAGUCAUUAUUGUUAAAAGGAAUCUUUAUUAGAAAAAUAACCAAGUAAAAUUCCUCCAGUUGCACCUUUGAAAAAAAAUAAUUCGUUUUUGAUUAGAUCAAGGAAUUAAUCUUAAUAGAAGAAAGUUGGAAUUUUUACUAAUUUAAAAUCAGGUUUCAGAGAUUCUGAUAGAUAAUUGAAGUCUGAAUCUGAAGAUGAUUAACAAAAUAAUUCUCCUAAAAAUCAAGUUUCAUAAUAAAAUCUAUUCGAUUUUAAUGAUUUACAUAUGAAUUAAUUUGACGAUUAGUUUUAAACGACAAAUUUUAAUAUCGAUAGAUUAAUGAACUAUUUUGGGUAUAUGCCUAUGUCUAAUGUUAUUUAUGCAUUAAGAAAAUAUGAAAAACUUUAUAAAUAUCCAAAAGUUAAGACAAUUAAUUAUCCAGAAUCAGAAUGCAGGAAAUUUAGUAUUCCAAUGUAUUAUAGUAAAAGGGAUUCAAUAAAUGAAUUACUAAAAGAAAAAUAUUGA